UUCCUUACCGGAAGCCAUGGCAGUGCCAGAGCUGUGACAGCUGUUCUGCAGAUAAACAAAGUUUUUAAUCGUUAAACGAUCUUCUUCACAGAACCAGAAUUUGUUGGAUUUAUUAACCACGUUUCAGCUCAGAUCAUCAUGCCGUCCAACUGUGACCCUCUGAUUGAAGACAUUGAGGACAUGGUGUCCUCUGGGGACCCCACUCCUCAUGAAAGACAGUCUGCCAGAAAGAACAUAAUACCACGAGCCAGGAAGAAGAAGGAGCCUCUGAACAACGAGGAGCUCCAAGCUGACAGUUUGAUUCCUGGCACACAGAAGAUCUGGAUCAAAACAUGGGGCUGCAGUCACAACAACUCAGAUGGAGAGUACAUGGCAGGACAGCUUGCUGCCAGUGGGUACAAGAUGACAGAUGAGCCAACAGAAGCAGACGUUUGGUUGCUCAACAGCUGUACGGUGAAGAACCCUGCAGAGGACCACUUCAGGAACUCCAUCAGAAAAGCUCAGGAGCAGCAGAAGAAGGUGGUGGUAGCAGGUUGUGUUCCUCAAGCUCAGCCCCGGAUGGACUACCUCAGAAGUAUCAGCAUCAUUGGGGUCCAACAGAUUGACCGAGUGGUGGAGGUGGUGGACGAGACUCUUAAAGGUCACUCAGUUCGUCUCCUUGGACAGAAGAAAGAUGGAGGCAGGAGACUUGGAGGGGCUAGACUGGACCUUCCCAAGAUCAGGAAGAACCCUCUUAUUGAAAUCAUCUCCGUUAACACUGGGUGUCUGAAUGCGUGCACCUACUGCAAGACCAAACACGCUCGAGGAGACCUGGCCAGCUACCCCGUAGAGGAGCUCGUGGAGAGAGCCAGGCAGUCCUUCCAGGAGGGAGUGUGUGAGAUCUGGUUGACCAGCGAGGACACCGGGGCGUAUGGUAGAGACGUGGGGACGGACCUGCCCACGUUGCUGUGGAGAUUGGUGGAGGAAGUUCCUGAAGGUGCCAUGCUGAGGCUGGGCAUGACCAACCCACCUUACAUCCUGGAGCACCUGGAGGAGAUGGCUAAGAUCCUGAACCAUCCCCGGGUCUAUGCCUUCCUUCAUGUGCCCGUGCAGUCGGCCUCGGACAGCGUCCUGAUGGACAUGAAGAGAGAAUACUGCAUCGACGACUUCAAGCGAGUGGUGGACUUCCUCAAAGAAAGAGUUCCUGGUGUAACCAUAGCUACAGAUAUCAUCUGUGGAUUUCCCGGUGAAACUGAGGACGACUUCCAGGAGACGGUGAACCUCGUGAAACACUAUCAGUUUCCCAGUCUUUUCAUCAACCAGUUCUACCCCAGACCCGGUACCCCUGCUGCUAAGAUGGAGCAAAUCCCAGCACAUGUGAAGAAGCAAAGGACGAAGGAACUCUCCGAAGUCUUCCACUCCUACAACCCAUACGACCACAAGGUGGGUGAGAGGCAGCGUGUUCUGGUGACAGAGGAGUCGUUCGAUGCUCAGUACUACGUGGCCCACAACAAGUUCUACGAACAGGUGCUGGUACCCAAGAGACUUGAGUUCAAAGGGAAGAUGAUCGAGGUGGACAUUUACGAGGCAGGAAAACACUUCAUGAAGGGGAAACCAGUGGAAGGCAGCAAACCGUUCACACCCUCCAUCGCUGCGCCGCUUCAAAAGGGACAAGUGUCUGGUUUGAUGCAGGAACAUGUGGUGAACGGAACCAGAGGAGUUGCUACGGCACCGCCGAAGUUUGCCGUCCUGACUGGACCGUAUAGUUUGGACAGAGACGGACUGAAGAGGCUGGGGAUUGGACUCGCACUGGCAGCAGCCAUCUUGGCCUUUAUUCUGGACAAGCUGUACUGAAACUAAACCUACAUCAGAACCUGAGGUUUACGGUCAGAACACGUUUGAAACGAGCAGGUUUGGGUCAACAUGAACUGGUUGGAUUCUGUUUCAGUUCAGUUUGAUUUUUUGAGUGAAAACCUCUGGCAUGAGAAUCACAUCUGGACUGGACUGCAUCUGUGGAGGGAUGGAAGGACUUUGGAUCUUUUAUCUUAGUUCCCGGUACUGUUUUACAGAUUAACAAACUACAACUCUACUAGAUGUUGUGGAGGUCUGAGCUACCGCUGUCCAUAUGGUCAUUCAUUCAUGUCAAAGGAUUUAUUUUUUUUAAUAAAUGUUUUCUGAGCUGCAUGAUGUAUCUCAUUUAGGUUGUUUUAACAUGUUUGUUAUUGUUUAUUUUUCUUCUGGUUUAAAAAGAAAUCUGCAACAAAUCAUAUAUUAAAUAAUAAAGUAACUGCCACACCGUAA